AUGCACUACCAGUACAACGUGAAGAUGAGCUGCUCCGGGUGCUCGAACGCCGUGAGCAAGGCCGUGAACCGCCUCGAGGACAUCGACAAGGUCGAGACGGACCUCAAGACGCAGACUGUGGACGUGUACACGGCGAAGGUGGACUACGAGACAGUGCUCGAGAAGAUCAGGAAGACGGGAAAGGAGGUUCUCGGCGGCAAGGUUGUUGCGUGA